GAGGACAGACUCUUGGGUGGGAGGCUCGGUCAACUGAGAACUUUCACAGUUGCAGUUAACCUUCAAAGACAGCAGCACAUUGACACUGGGGUUGGUGGGAUCUGGGAAGACGUUACCCCGAUAAUAUACAUCCUUCAGGGCCCACCAUCUAGAAUCAGAAUGGAAGCUCAUGGUGAAAAACCACUCAGCUGUGGGACAAUAUGUCUGAAAUAUCUACUUUUUCUCUUCAACAUUCUGUUUUGGCUGGCAGGAGGGGCUGUACUGGCUGUGGGAGUGUGGACACUGGUGGAAAAGAGUGACUACAUCAGUUUACUGAACUCCAGCUUCUACUCAGCCUCAGCUUACAUCCUGAUAGCUGCUGGGGUCAUUGUGAUAGUGACUGGGAUAAUCGGAUGCUGCGCCACUCUGAAGGAGAUGAAGAGUCUUUUGAUUGUGUAUUUGAUCUUGUUGCUCUGUAUUUUCCUGCUGGAAAUCAUUGCUGGUGCGCUGGCCUACAUUACCUACCAAGAGUGUUUCCCUUUCUGCUACCAGCUGGAUGAGGAGCUCAGACAGAAUCUGAAGGCGACCAUGCAGCAGAAAUACCAGCAGCCGGGGGAAGAGAGCGUCACGCAGGCUGUGGAUAAACUUCAGCAGGAGUUUAAGUGUUGUGGCAGUCACAAUUUCUCAGACUGGAGAGGCUGUGUGUGGAUCCAGGCAGCAGAGAAUGAGCGGCUCGUUCCUGACAGCUGCUGUAAAACUCCCAGUGACCUCUGCGGCCGCAGGGACCAUCCCUCCAACAUCUACAAGGUGGAGGGAGGCUGCAUUAUGAAAUUAGAGGAAUUCAUCCUGAGUCAGUUGUAUAUUCUCGGUGCAGUGGGCGUUGGGAUUGCAUUUCUACAGCUUGUGGGAAUGAUGUUUACUUGCUGUCUUUAUCGAAAUUUGAAAGAAGAUCCGUACUGAUUUUUGACUUUCUUUAAUAUCACAAAAUGUGUCACAUCAUGAAUUGUAAAAUGUUUGGUUAGAUAUUUUAAUGCCCCAAUUAUUUACACAGUUCUGGGUGCUGUGAAAUUGCCAAUUCAAAUUAUGACAUGAUUUUCAAAAUACACACACUAGAGACACUGUAAUGCUGCUGGGCAGCACUGUUCUUUUUCUGCAAAAUGCCAUUGCUUGCUUUAAGUAUCUUCCCUUUUAUGUCAAUAUAAAGACGUGUGGAUGAACUUGUAACCAAAUAACAGCAGAGAAAUAUGAGCAUGUUGUUCCAGCUAUUGCAGUCAGUGUUGUUCUCAUUGUUUAUCUAGUUCUUUUAAACAGUGUUUGCCAGAGUUAUAAUUUAAAGAUGAAUAUAACACAUUUUUUGUUUGUUGAAAUCCAAAUAAAAACUGCUUUCCAUUUAUUAUUCCUAA